AUGACUAGCCUGUACCUUAAUCCUAUUAAUAUCGAACCUAAUGUUGAUGCUUCUGCAAAAUGUCCUAUUGUACCAAAUGUUAUGGAAAAUGUUGAAACCUCUGAAAAGACUAAUAAACCUAGAUUUGUUACUACUUUGAGUAAAUCUAGCAUGAUUGUUGUUGAUAGAGAUGACGUUGAUAAGAAUAUUUGUGUGCUGAUAUCUCGGUCUCCUGAAAAAUAUGAAGACAUAGAGGAUUCUGAUGGCAUGUCUGGUGAUUUAGCUAACAAAGAAGAAAACUUUGUAGAGAAGAAGGAAAACAUAAUGAGUAUAGAUGAUCUGGACUCUGAUGAUGAGCUCGUUGGAAAAAUAUUGGCUCCAGGAAUAGCUAAAAGGUUAAAGAGCAAAAAAGACAUCAUCUCUACUACAAGAAAGCAAACUUCUGGGAAGAAGAUUCUAACAAAUAUUCAUGAAGUCCCAAUUGACAACAUCUUCUUUCACUUUGUGGAGAAUGUAGAAAAAUGGAAAUUUAUUUACCAAAGAAGAGUUGCGAUGGAAAGAGAACUUGGCAAAGAUGUGUUUGAAUGCAAAGAAGUGAUGAGCCUGAUUCAAGAAGUUGGAUUAAUGAAGAUUGUGACUGGCUUUAGCAAGUGUUAUGAAAUGCUUGUUAAAGAAUUCAUUAUAAAUAUCUCUAAGGAAUAUGACAACAAAAGGAGCAAGGAGUUUAGAAAAGUGUAUGUAAGAGGAAGGUGUUUGGAUUUCUCUCCUGAAAUCAUAUAUAGGUUCUUGGGUAGAAAUGAAGAAGAACAAGCUAAAGUGGAAGUUUUUGACAAUGCAAUCUGCAGAGAGAUUAUGCUUAAACAUGUGAAGGAAUGUCCAAGGAAAGGGAAGUUGUUAGAAAGUUACUUGAGUGUGAAGUAUGCAGUACUUCACAGAAUUGGAGUUGCUAAUUGGGUGCUAACUAAUAACACUUCAAACAUUGCUACUGGAUUGGGUAAGUUCAUCUAUAUUGUAGGGACCAAGACAGAGCUUGACUUUGGAUCCUAUGUCUUUGAUCAAACAAUGAAGCAUGUUGCCUCCUUCACUAUGAAGAUGCCAAUAGCAUUUCCCUCAUUAAUUGGUGGUGUUAUAUUGAGUCAACACCCAAGUAUUUUUCUCAGUUCUGAUAGUAUCUGCAAAAGAGAUCCCCCUCUGUCAUUACCUUAUAGGCUUUUCACUGGGAAACAUGUUCCAGACAUUGUCAUGACAUCUGACCAGAAACCUUUCGGGUCUACUACUAGAGCAAGAAUCAUUGUUGACCUAAAAGAUACCUGCAAAAACUUGGAUGAAACUAUAAAAGGUUGUACUGAGAGGAAGAUCAGGCUUGAGAUCCUGAUAAAGGCCUUGUUUGAAGAAGACGAAAAUUUGAAAGGUGAUGAAACAGGUGAAGAUAAUGCUAAUGAAGAAGGUACUGAUACAAGUGGUGAUGAAGAGACAACCAACAGUGAUGAAGACUGA